GAUCGCGUGGCUGUUCGGGCUCUUCAUCUCGACACGGAGUGUUAAAAGAGUCCGUGCCGUUGGAUUUUUUUUUAUUCUUCAUAGAAUCCCCGCAUUCUCUUGCGCUUGGCCGAGAGCGCCACCCCAGAUACAUUCCAAAUCCGCCCUCCCUCGUCCUCUUUUGGCGCUGCGCUCGGCGCGCUAACCGAUUGAUUUUCCUCGCGCGUCUUCUAAAAGCCGCUCCGCCCCUAGUGCUUCGAGGUGUCGCCUUCGCGCGAGUCGCACAGACCGCGCGCGCACUGCGCGUGGAUGCGCGCUGGCGGCGGAGUGCCCACACUGGACCCCACCGCUGCGCGCCAGUCGUGCACGCAGCGGCACCAGCAGCUGACGGGUUCGCUCUGAAGAGGCGGAGCGGGGAGGUGUGGGUGUGGGUGGGGGGUAGUCUGUGUUUGUCGCGUGUACCUCCUGUGUAUGUGCGUGGUGCUGCUGUGCUUGCGCGACUCAUCCGAGGCUCGAAGCCCGCAGCCCCCAGAACGAUCUCUCUCUCUCUCUCGCUCGCUCUCUUCCGGCCACUCAGAGGAGAGAGCAAACGCAGCGUGAGGCUCAUGCUGGGGUGUGCGGUGGUGGUGUGGGGAGGAGGAGGAGGAGGGCUGGUAUGCGAAGAGUAUAAUGUCAGAAAUCGCACCGCUUUGGGAGAGCGGAGUGGCAGAGUGUUGGGCAUAAAUCAGGCGAGCUGAAUUCCAGCAAACAUCGCACGCCGCUCCGCUAAGCCUGCCCACCGCUGCCGCAGACAGACAGCCUCGCGCUCUCCUCCUUCCCCCCCCCCCCCCCGCCUUCUGCCGUCUCUCUGCUGCUCCACCGUACCCUAUUCCCCGUCACACGUCAGCUGACAGCUUGGGGAGCGAUGGGGGAGAUGCCGUUACGCAACCCCGGUGACGACGAGGAUUCCAUCUCCACGAGAAUCGUGCGGACUCCGCGAGACCACACCGCAGCAGCCACAGCGGCUGUCAUCGCCGCUGACAUGGCCCCGGGGGCCGCAUCGCAGCGGUCACCGCUGCCGCCGCCUCGGCUGCCAGCCCCUGCCCACAACCACGAGGGUGAAGGAGAGGGCAUCGAGACGCCCGGGUCGCCGGGCACCCCGUGGGGGAGGCCCCGGCGCGGCAGGGCGCCCGCGACCUCGCGCGCCAGCGCCCCGGGGGCUCAUCCGCGCGGCAGCGCUUCGGCCGAGAUUCACGCGGGUAUGGGCGAGCGGUCCGCCGAGCGCAGCAGCGAUGCCGAGCCCCUGUCUACGGCCACACGAAGCCGUGCUGGCAGUCGUGAUGGCGAUGAUGAUGGUGGUGGUGGUGAUUAUGGUGGUGGUGGUGUUGCUGAUUCAACGAGCAACACCACUUCGUGCCAAGAUGAUGGGAGCGUCAGUCGCUCGUCUGUCGGGACGCCUGCAAACCGCGGCUGCGCUCCGAGGCAGGAAGCACCGCGGACGUCCACCUCCUCCUGCCCCACCUCCUCCUGCUCCACCUCGUCCACGACGGGAGCCGCGCCGCCGCCACGCGGAGCCAGCUCCACCUGCGCCUUGCCCUGCGUGCUCUGGAACUUUGCCCUUCUCAUCCUGCUCGCCUCCAUGGGCAGCGCGCGAGGUGAACUCUGCGGAGGGUUGCUGAAGGGGAGCAACGGGACGGUGGAAAGCCCCGGCUACCCCUACGGAUACCCCAACGGCGCCAACUGCACGUGGAUCAUACAGACGGAGGAGCCCAACCGCAUCCAGCUGGUCUUCCUCUCCUUCGCCCUAGAGGAAGACUACGACCUGCUCGUCGUCUUCGAGGGCCAGCCCAGCCAAGGGAACCUGCGCAUGAGGUUGACAGGGUUUCAGAUGCCAGCACCAAUCAGCAGCUCCACCAACAUGCUGUCUCUCCGGCUCACGAGUGACUUCGCCAUCAGUGGACAAGGCUUCAAGCUAAAUUACGAAGUUUUGCAGAGCAGCGCGUGCGGCAACCCGGGCGCUCCGCCGCACGGCACGGUGCACGGCGCCGGCUUCGGCGUGGGCGACGAAAUCCGCUACGGCUGCGUGCCGGGCUACGUGCUGGAGGGGCACGCCGUGCUCACGUGCGUCUCCGGCGCCGAGAGCCUCGCCUCCUGGGACUUCCCCGUGCCGCACUGCAAGGCCGAGGGGGCCUGCGGGGGAACGCCGCACGGCCCCAGCGGCACCAUCAGCAGCCCGGGCUUCCCCAACGAGUACGACAACAAAGCGUCGUGCACGUGGCUCGUGCUGGGCGUGCCGGGCGACACCGUGUCGCUCGUCUUCACCGACUUCCAGCUCGAGGCCGGCUACGACUUCCUGGAGGUGUCCGGCGCGGAGCUCCCCUCCGUGUGGCUGACCGGAAUGACCUUGCCUUCCCCCAUCACGAGCAACACACACUGGCUGAGACUCCACUUCACGUCCGAUGGCAGCCACCGUCGGAAAGGCUUCAGCGUCCAGUACCUCGUAAAACAAGCGAUUGAUAUGAAGUCAAGAGGAGUGAAAUUAUUCCCGGGAAAAGAAAAUAAUCACAAGUAUGCCGUCUCGAGCGAGGGAGGCAUUGCCCAGGCAUCGAAUAUUUGCCCAGAACCAGAGGUCCCACGGAACGGAGUACGUUUGGGGUCCGACUUCAGGCUCGGUGCCACGGUGCAGUUCGCGUGCGACGAGGGCUUCGUCUUGCUCGGCUCCAAGAGCGUCGUGUGCCAGCGCCUGGCGGACGUGUUCGCUGCGUGGAGCGAUCAGUCCCCGCAGUGCAAAGCUCAGAACUGCGGUGAGAAUGUUCAAGGUCCCAGUGGGAUCAUCUUCUCACCCAACUACCCGGGCUUCUAUGACGGUGAUUCCCACUGUGUGUGGAUCGUCGCUGCUGUCAACCCCGACAAGGUUAUCCAACUCCAGUUUGAAGAAUUCGAUUUGGAGAAAGGUUACGAUUCGUUGGUCAUCGGAGAUGGAGAUGAGCCGGGGGAUCCCAGAUCCGUUCUCAACGUUCUUUCAGGAGGCGAAGUACCUGACCUUAUAGUGAGCAUUAGCGGUCACCUGUGGAUAUAUUUGCAGACGGAUGAAACUAUUGGCUCACUGGGCUUUAAGAUUAAUUAUCAAGAAAUUGAGAAGGGCACCUGUGGAGACCCCGGAACUCCGGCCUACGGGCGACGAGAGGGCUCGUCCUUUGUGCACGGCGACCGGCUGACGUUCGAGUGCCACCCGGCGUUUGAGCUGGUGGGAGAGAAGAGCAUUGCCUGUCAGAGCAAUAACCAAUGGACAGCCAACAUGCCCAAGUGCAUAUUUUCGUGCUUCUUCAACUACACCGCACCGGUUGGCAUCGUACUUUCCCCCAACUACCCGGAUGGUUACGGUGGACACCUCAACUGCGUCUGGCUCAUCAUCACCGAGCCCAACAGCCGCGUCCACAUCACGUUCAACGACUUCGACGUGGAGACCCCGUUCGACUUCUUGACCGUCCGCGAUGGCGAGGAGGAGGAGGGCGACAUCCUGGGCACGUUCACGGGGAGCGCCGUCCCGACGCACCUGUCCAGCAGCGGGCACGUCGCACGCCUCGAGUUCCACACGGACCACUCCAUGUCCGGCCGUGGCUUCAACAUCACCUACAACACCUUUGGUUACAACGAAUGCCACGACCCUGGAAUCCCCAUCAACAGCCGCCGUUUUGGAGACAGCUUUACACUUGGCAAGUCCGUCUUCUUUGUGUGCGAGAACGGAUUCAUGCGGACACAGGGCUACGAGAGCAUCACCUGUGUGCUGCAGGACGGGAAUAUACACUGGAGCUCAACCAUACCCAAGUGUGAAGCUCCCUGCGGAAGUCAUCUGACGGCGCCCAGUGGCACCAUCUUUUCCCCCGGAUGGCCGAGCUCCUACAAGGACUCCCUCACUUGUGAAUGGGUCAUAGAGGUGAACAAAGGGAAUGCCAUAAAAAUUACAUUCCAGAGGUUCCAGACUGAGCCCAACUACGAUGUGCUGGAGGUGCACGACGGCAGCUCGGCGUACUCCCCGGUGCUCGGCGCGUUCCACGGCACGCAGGUGCCACUCUUCCUCGUCAGCAGCGGAAACCACCUCUUUCUGCUCUUCACGACGGACAGCAGCCACUCCGGGAUGGGCUUCCAGCUGCACUACGAACGGGUGACGUGGGACGCGCACUCCUGCCCCGAUCUGCCCGUUCCGGUGCACGGCCGGCGACUGGGUGGCGAUUUUUCCAUCGGCUCGUCCGUGGAAUUCUCCUGCGAGCCAGGAUUUUCACUCAGCCACGACCUUCCCCUGACCUGCCAGGACAACCACCAGUGGACACAGCAGCUGCCGACCUGCGAUGCCCUGUGCGGAGGAUAUAUAAAGGCAUCGACGGGAACCAUUCUGUCACCGAGGUUCCCCAACUUCUAUCCCAAUUCCCUGAACUGCACGUGGACUGUGGAAGUGUCACAUGGCAAAGGGGUCAAGUUCACGUUCCACACGUUGCACCUGGAGAGCCAGCACGACUACCUGCUGGUGACGGAGAGUGGCAGCUUCGCGUCCCCCCUGGCACGGAUCACGGGCGCCGCCCUCCCGCCGCCUCUCAGCGCCGGGACGCUCGGCAACUACCAGGCCCAGCUGCGCUUCGUCUCUGACUUCUCCAUGUCUUACGAAGGCUUCAACAUCACGUUCAGCGAGUACGAGCUUGAGCCGUGCAGGGACCCGGGCGUGCCGGCGCUCGGCUCGCGCCUGGGCUCGGGGCUGCUGGUGGGUGACGCCGUCGUCUUCUUGUGCGACGCUGGCUACCGCCUCGAGGGGGCGGCUCGCCUCGUGUGCUUGGGCGGCGGCCGCCAGGCGUGGAGCGCCCCGCUGCCACGGUGUGUUGCCGAGUGCGGGACGUCGUUGCGAGGGGACGAUGGAGUCCUGCUGUCACCCAACUAUCCGCUGGUGUACGGCAACAACCAUGAGUGCGUGUACGACAUCGCUGUGGCCCCGGGCCACGGCGUCCAGCUGGCAGCGGUGCACUUCCGCCUCGGCCGCGGAGAUGCGCUCACGGUGUACGAUGGACUGGACGGCUCCUCGCGAGUCCUCGGAGACUUCACUGGCACCGCCAUGCAGGACUCCAUCAUCAACAGCACCUCCAACCACCUGCACCUGGAGUUCAACUCGGAUGGCGACGUGGUGGACGGAGGGUUCCGGCUUGUGUACACGAGCUUUGAGCUUCUCAGGUGCGAAGACCCGGGCGUGCCCGAAUUCGGACACGUCGUUGCGGACGAGGGGCACUUCGCUGGCAGUAGCGUUACGUUUGGCUGCGACCCGGGCUACACGCCGCACGGGCGCACCGUGGUGACGUGCCUCACCGGGGAGCGGAGAGUCUGGGACUUCCCCUUGCCUUCGUGCCUCGCGGAGUGUGGCGGAGCCAUCACGGGUGUGUCCGGGGGGACCAUCCUGUCCCCCGGGUACCCCAACGCGUACGAGCACAACCUGCACUGCGAGUGGACGAUCGAGGUGAACCCGGGAUUCACCAUCAGUCUGCACUUCCAGGUGUUCGAUACGGAGGCGUCGCACGACGAGCUGCGGAUCUGGGACGGCAGCGCGGAGAGCGGCAUCCUCCUGCGUGAGCUCAGCGGCCCCGUGCUGCCCGACACCGUGCACAGCACUCUGCACCUCGUCACGCUGCACUUCAACACGGACUUCUUCAUCAGCAGGCCCGGCUUCGCGCUGCGCUUCACCUCUUCGGUGGCGUCCGAGUGCCGGGACCCGGGCGUGCCGACCAAUGGGUCGCGCAGCGGCGACGGGCGUCGGCCGGGGGACAGCGUGCUGUUCCAGUGCGACCCGGGCUACGCUCUGCAGGGACCGCCCCGCAUGACCUGCGUGCAGGCCGAGAGCCGCUUCUUCUGGCAGCCUUCGCUGCCCAUCUGCGUCGCGCCGUGCGGUGGUAACUUGACUGGCCCUGCAGGAUUCAUUCUGUCACCAAAUUACCCCCAGCCCUAUCCUCCCAGCCACGAAUGCCACUGGACAAUCACGGUCAACGAGGACUUCGUUGUGGCCCUCUCGUUUUUAAGCCUGAACCUGGAGGCCAACUACGACUUCCUGCACGCGUACGACGGGGGCGACGUGCUGGCGCCGCUGCUGGGGAGCUUCCACGGCUUGCAGCUCCCGGGCCGCGUGGAGAGCGGUGGCAACGUCAUGCACCUCGCAUUCCACAGCGACAAGACCAUCAACGCGGGCGGCUUCCACAUCGAAUACCGCGAGAAACCACGGGAGUCGUGCUUCGACCCCGGAAGCAUCGCGAACGGUUCGCGCCUGGGCUCCGACCUGCGCCUGGGCUCGAGUGUGACGUUCUCCUGCGGCACGGGAUACUCGCUGCACGGCUAUUCCACGCUGCUGUGCAUCAUGGGGGACGACGGGAGGCCAGCGUGGAACCGGCCCCUCCCGGCCUGCCGCGCCCCGUGCGGAGGUCACAGCACGGGCCAGGAGGGCUCCAUCCUCUCCCCCAACUACCCGGGCAACUACAGCGUGAUGCAGAGCUGCUUCUACUCCGUCACGGUCCCCAACGAGCACGUAGUCUUUGGACAAUUCAAGUUUUUCCAGACGGGGCUGAGCGACCUUGUGGAGGUUUAUGACGGCGCCUCGCAGAAGGCCGGACUCCUCAGCUCACUCUCCGGAGCGCACUCCGGAGAGACCCUCCCGCUCAGCUCCGGCAAUCAAAUCACCCUGACAUUCACGUCGAGUCACGAUGCAUCCGGAAAAGGAUUUCACUUUGUCUACCAAGCUGUGCCAAGAACAAGUUCCGAUCAGUGCAGCUCCGUGCCCGAACCAAAGUUUGGCCAGAGGCUGGGGAACAGCUUCAGUGUGGAUUCUGUGCUGCGAUUUGAGUGCAACUCUGGAUACAUUCUGCAAGGAGCCAGGGCGAUCCAAUGCCAAAAGGUGCCCAACUCCCUGGCACAGUGGAACGAAUCCUAUCCCACCUGUGUCGCUGCGUGGCAGGCAUGUCUAAUGGAUCAACUGUGUGUUGCAGUGCCCUGUGGGGGAAACCUGACAGAGCUAAAAGGGGCCAUUCUCACUCCGGGUUUCCCCGAGCCGUAUGAUAACAAUUUGAAUUGUGUUUGGAAAAUUACGGUGCCCGAGGGCGCUGGGGUGAAGAUGCAUGUAUUCAGCUUUGCUACCGAGCAGAACUGGGAUGCUCUGGAGAUAUACGAUGGAGGGGAUGCCAAUUCUCCCAGGUUGGGAAGCUUCUCCGGCACGUCGAUCCCAGCUGUACUGAACAGUACAUCAAAUAGCCUCUAUCUUCACUUCCACUCGGACAUAAGUGUGUCUGCAGCUGGAUUUCACAUCGAAUACACAGCCGUAGGCCUUGCAUCGUGUCCUGAGCCAGAGCUCCCAACAAACGGGGUCAAAGUUGGCGACCGUUACCUGGUGAACGACGUCGUGAUGUUCCAGUGUGAGCAGGGCUACACGCUGCAGGGACCCACGCAUGCCACAUGUAUGCCCGGUCCUGUGCGUCGCUGGAAUUUUCCACCUCCUCUCUGCAUCGCUCAGUGUGGCGGAGUGCUCACCGAGCUGACUGGGGUUAUUCUAAGUCCGGGAUUUCCGGGAAACUACCCCAGCAACCUGGACUGCACCUGGAAGGUUCUCCUGCCCAUGGGAUAUGGCGCUUACUUCGCGUUUGUCAACUUCUCGACGGAGCCGCUGCACGACUUCGUGGAGAUCCUGAGCGGGCCCCCAGAGGCGCAGGAGGCCAUCGGGCGCUUCAGCGGCGCGCGGCCCCCGGCGCCGGCGCUGAGCACAACGCACGACACGACGGUGCACUUCCAGAGCGACUACUCACAGAACAAGCAAGGCUUCCGACUCUCCUUCCAGGCCUACCAACUGAGCUCGUGCCCUGACCCGAACCCUUUCCGCAACGGGCUGGUGAUGGGCGCCGAGUAUACCGUGGGAAGCUCCGUCUCCUUCCGCUGCCUGCCCGGCUACACCCUGGUGGGCCACCCCAUCCUGUCGUGCCGCCAUGGACGCAGUCGCAACUGGGACCACCCCAUCCCCACAUGCCAAGCCAUGUGCGGAGGAAACAUGACGGACCUGAAUGGCACCAUUUACUCUCCGGGGUAUCCGGACGAGUACCCGGACUUUCAGGACUGCUACUGGCUCAUCAAGGUCCCGCUGGGAUAUGGCGUGUUCGUCAACUUCACACAGCUGCACACCGAGCCUGUCUACGACUACAUCACCGUCUGGGAUGGACUGGACCAGGACUCUCCGCAACUCGGCCAGUUCAGUGGCAACACGGCGCUGGAGUCGGUGCGCAGCACUUCUCACCAGGUCCUCGUGAAGUUCCACAGCGACUUCUCCACCAGCGGCUUCUUCGUGCUCAGCUACCAAGUUUAUCAACUGAUGUCGUGCGUGGUGCCCUCCACUGGGGCCCACUCUGAAGUUCUCACCGAGACCGAGGAGUUCGCAAUAGGUAAUGUGAUUAAGUACAGAUGUUUGCCUGGGUUCACGCUUGUCGGAAAGGAAGAGAUAACAUGCAAACUUAAAUCACGCCUCGAACCAGAUGGGACUCCGCCGUCAUGUGAAGCUCAGUGCCCAAACAACGAGGUCCGCACGGCGAGCUACGGCGUCAUUUUGAGCCCCGAGUUUCCAAGAAACUAUCCAAACUUUCAGAUGUGCACGUGGACGGUCUCCGUCGAGAGGGGUUACAACAUCACCGUGUCGGUGGAGUUUUUCCAGAGCGAGAAAGAAUACGACUUGCUGGAAAUAUUUGACGGCAUCAACAGCGAGAGCCCCGUGCUGCUGGCUUUAAGCGGCAACCACUCACACCCCAUGAACGUGACCAGCCACGGCCACCACGUCCACCUGCGGUGGGCGGCCGACCAGGCCACGAAUAAGAAAGGCUUCCGCAUCCGAUAUGGAGCGGCCUACUGCAGCACCCCCCCACCGCCCCAGCACGGCUCCCUGCAGAGCCAGAUCGGGGGCCACGUGGGCGGCACGGUGCGCUGGGUGUGCGACCCCGGCUACCGCAUGGUGGGGCGCGGCUCGGCCGUGUGCCGGAGCACGCCGCAGGGCUGGCUGUACUGGGAUGGCCCGGUGCCGGCCUGCCAAGCAAUUACAUGCGGUGUCCCUAACCUGCCGGACAAUGGCAUUGUAGUAGGAGCUGAGCACACAGUGGGAUCCGAGGUGACGUACCGGUGCAACCUGGGGUGGAUGCUGUCGCCCGGAGAUUCCAUCAGUGCCGAGUGCCUUGCAAGCGGCGAGUGGAGCAACAAGAACAGGCCCCCGGUCUGUGCCGUGGUGACGUGUCCCAGCAUCAGCAGAUUCGUGUUGACGAACGGGAACUGGCGAUAUCUUGGCGAGCCCAAAAAUGAGUACAGGUCGCAGGUGCUGUUCGCUUGCAACCCUGGGUACCACCUGCAAGGCCUCAAAACCAUCACCUGUGAAGCUAACGGAAUGUGGAGUUGGCCUUCUAAGCAACCGCAGUGUGAAAUCAUAUCGUGCGGCGAACUGCCGACGCCUCCCAACGGAAAUAAAGUUGGCACGCAGACCUGGUUCGGUUCCACCGCCAUCUUCUCGUGCAACUCGGGGUACACGCUGGCGGGCUCGCCGGGGAGGGAGUGCCUCAGCACCGGGUUGUGGAGCGGCGUCGACGCCAGCUGCAUCGCGGGCCACUGUGGGGUGCUGGAGCCCAUCGUGAAUGGGCAGGUGGUCGGGGAGAGCUACGGUUACAGGGACACGGUCGUGUACCAAUGCAGCCCUGGAUUCCGUCUCAUUGGCUUCUCCGUCAGGAUUUGCCAACAGGACCACAACUGGUCUGGGAAUUCGCCAGCGUGCGUGCCAAUCAGCUGCGGACACCCGGGCAGUCCUGUGCAUGGCAUCGCUCACGGCGGACGAUUCAAUCUGGACGACGUGGUGGGUUUCUCCUGCGACGUGGGCUUCGUAAUCCACGGACCAGAGAGCACUCAGUGUCUGCCCAGCGGGCAGUGGAGCGACCCCUUGCCGGUUUGCAAAGUGGUGAACUGCACUGGUCCGGCGCACGUGGAAAACUCCUACCUGGAGAUCAAGAACAAAAACAAAAUGUUUACGUACGGGACACUCGUGUCGUACCACUGCAAACCGGGCUACUAUCUCAUGGGCUCCUCGACUCUCAGCUGCCAGCCCAGCGGCCAGUGGGACAAGCCGCCUCCCGUGUGCACCGUGGUGAACUGCAGUCACCCAGGCUUGCCGCCGCACGGCAUCUUGGCGGCCGAGGGCUUCACGUACGGAUCCUCGGUGACGUACUCGUGCUCCGAGCGCAGGGCGCUCCUGGGCCACCCCACGCGCACGUGCCAGGCCAGCGGCCACUGGUCUGGCUCCACGCCCCUUUGCUCUGGCGACGGCCACGGGGCGUGCGGGGAUCCCGGGGUGCCGCCGCACGGCUCCAGGCGAGGCGGUGCCUUCCGGACGGAGAGCGUGGUGAGCUUCUCGUGCGACGACGGCUACGUCCUGCGCGGCUCGGAGCGCCGCUCGUGCCUCGCCAACGGCAGCUGGUCGGGGACGCAGCCAGACUGCAGAGCGGUGUCGUGCGGGAAUCCGGGCAUCCCCGUGAGCGGCGUGAUGGCGAGCUGGGCCGGCGCGGUGUUCCCCGACUCGGUGACGUAUGCGUGCCGGGACGGCUUCCGCAUGCUGGGCCAGCGCACGCGCCACUGCUCCGCCAACGGCACGUGGAGCGGCAGCCUCCCCAGCUGCAUCGUCAUUACCUGUGGCGAUCCUGGAACACCGGCUAACGCGGUACGGACAGGCGUGGACUUCACCUUUGGCCAUAACGUCACUUACCGGUGUCACCCGGGCUACACCAUGGAGCCCACAACUCAAAGCCAACGUGUUUGCACCAAGGAAGGCGUCUGGUCUGGAAAUCUGCCUCUGUGUAAAAUCAUCCGGUGCCAGGAGCCGCCUGUCGUGAUGCACGGGAGACGGGAGAGCGGCGACUUCACCUGGGGCUCGGCGGUCGCCUACGGCUGCCUCGCGGGCUACCAGCUCUCGCACAGCGCCACGCUGUUCUGCGAGGGCCGCGGGGAAUGGACCGGGGAGCUCCCUCAGUGCCUCCCCAUGUUCUGCGGAGACCCAGGCGUCCCCGCCAACGGCGAGCGACAAGGCAGGAGUUUCACCUUCCAAUCGGAGGUCUCCUUCACGUGCGCCUCUCCGCUGGUGCUGGUCGGCUCUGCCAAGCGCGUGUGCAUGGCCAGCGGGAUGUGGAGCGGCACUCAGCCGCGUUGCAUCGAAGCAUCUCACACGACCUGCACCAACCCCGGCACGCCUCACAACGGAUUUCAGAACUUCUCCCUGGGAUAUCAGGUUGGGAGCACCGUGUCAUUCGAGUGCAAGAAGGGGUUCCACAUCCAGGGGUCAAGUACUCGGACCUGCCUCCCCGACCUCACGUGGAAUGGCCUCCAGCCCGAGUGUGUCUCGCACAGAUGCAGCCAGCCGGAGACUCCAGCCUACGCCGACGUCCGGGCGCAGGACGUCGCGCAGCUGGGCUACACGCUGCUCUACUCGUGCCAGCCCGGCUACUACCUGAGCGGCGGCUCGGAGCACCGCACCUGCGACCCCGAGGGUGCCUGGUCGGGAAAGCCGCCCCUCUGUCACGCUGGAAUAAAGCAGAAGGAGAAGACGAGCGUGUCUCUACUUGGGACGACCGGAUUCAAGCCAGCGGUGCCCGACAGCAUCUUCGCCGAGAACCACACGUGGAGAGGAUUCUACGACUACCUGGGGAAGAAGCAGCCACUCUCCCUGAGCGCCCCCGAGUUCAACCUGAGCAGUUUCCGCGUGAACCUCACCUUCUCGGAUCGCGCCGUCGAUCUCAGGCUCUCCGGAAUAUACAAGCGGCAAGAAGCCAGACUGACGCUGCACAUAUUCACGAUCACAAGCCAAACGCAGACUUCUGCCACGAAAUUCAAGGAUGAAAACUGGGUCAUGGACGGAUACGUGUCUGCGGAACACGGAAGCUACGUCUAUCAGGGGUUCAUCCACGCGAAAGGCUUCGGGCAGUUUGGAGUGCAGCGUCUGGGCCUAACGGAGCCUGGGGGCUGGCGAGAGUCGGGCGUUACCCGCAGGGGCACCAGCAGCAGCUCCGUGGCCAUCGCCAUCCUCGUGCCAUUCUUCGCUCUCAUCUUCGCAGGCUUCGCCUUCUAUCUGUACAAGCAGAGAACGAGGCCGAAGGCAAGGUUCAGAAGCUGCACGGGACACGAAAGCUCCAACGGGCAAGCGUCGUUUGAGAACACGAUGUACGACACGAACGCAAGGCCCGGCGAGAGCAAAGCGGUGCGGUUCGACCCGGCGCUGAACACGGUGUGCACCAUGGUAUAGCAUCGCCCGGCGCAGUCCGCCACAACACCCUGCGAAGUAACUCUGCCGAUACGUUUGAAGUUCCUGGAGAGCCGCUUACAAUCUGUGGACUGUUGAAUGAGGUUUUUUUUUUGGGCUCUACGUUUCACUGCAUGCUCUCAGACACUUCCGAGAGAGCGAGAGAGUGUUUCGGUUCUGGCCCGCAAAAAAUUGAUCUCUCCAAAACGUCUAUUUAUUUCGGGCAAACAUUUUUACCGGACGUCGGGACAAAAGGGCAUUUGCUCGCGCGUGCGUCGUGUGCUCGUAUGCGCCAAACGGGGUGUGUGCACAGAGGAUGGAAAUACAAUAUAUAUUUAAUUAAACGUUUUAAAGGCUGGGGGUUUGUUUUUUUCUUUCCCAAGAGUCACAUUGUAUUUGAUGAGUAACAUUAAAAACUGUCGCUCCUUCAAGAGUCACGUGAAAGUUUUCAGAGGAAUGGCAUCGAAGUCACCGACUGUGAUCUGCAAGUCACCGGGGUAAUUGUGACGUCUCGGUGAAGGGUUCUCCCGCUGCAGGAAGGAGCAGUUACAGGUAUGCCUGGAUUGUUACGAAAGGGAUGCGAUGCAGUUCUUCAGAAGAACAGGCGCACUACGGCAUUUCGUCAAUCGCUGCGGCUUUCCCCCAUUAAUUUAAUAAGAAAAAUCCGGGACGUGUUUCUCAGAAACAGCCGUUCCGCAUCUACUCCUAACCCAAAAAAAUACGCGCCUCAAUCUUCACAAAAGCAACAAAAGUCAUAAUAAAGAACGUAAAUAUUAAAACGAAUGAAUAAUACUUAAUUUAAAAUAAACAAAUUUAACCUUUUCAGA